GUGUUGACAAAUAUAGAGACGGAACAGGAGGGAAGUGCCAGCGACUCAGAGGAGACGGAGGAGUAUGAGCCUUGUGGUGACAGUAGAUUUGUGUAUAUCGAUGGACUAUGUUACUUCUUUGAUAUGUCAGGAAUAGGAAGGACAUGGUAUGAAUCAAGAGACGCCUGUAACGAUAUGAACGCCAGUCUAGUCACUAUCACUUCACGAGACCAACAUCAUGUGCUCAUUAGAAAUGUAAAGAUGAGGGAUGGAUACUCAGAGUUCUGGAUAGGAUUAAACAAUAUAGAUCAAGACGGAUGGAAAUGGGAUGGUACAUCAGACAUCAGCUUUGUUGGUUCCUCUUUAUCUCUUGACCCUUUGAGGCGAUGCGUCUACGAAGAAGUGCGUCGCGGAGGUUGCCGGAGAACAGAGAAUUGCAAUAUGAAAUGUGACAAUUUGGUUUGUAUGAAGAGGACUGGCUCAGACGAGCUUGUCACCACGGCUAAGUACACGCCUGUGCGAUCCGGGGGCUGUCCUUCAGGCUUUGUAGAAUCUCCGAUAAAUAACAAAUGUUACAAGAUAGUUCAGGACUCGAGAUUAAACUUUAGACAGGCAAAGUAUUCGUGUAGCGUUCUAGGAAAAGACUUUUCUCUUGUUUCAAUUCAUUCAGCGAUGGAAAAUGCUUUCAUAGAGCUUCAGUUUGAUACUACGAAAUCAAAGAAUUUGUGGAUUGGACUCUUUGAUAAUGAUUAUUAUUAUGAUAAACAUUAUUUCAUUUGGAUGGACAAUUCCCGCGUAGACUUCACAAACUGGGCUAGAGGGGAACCAAACUCACUUACCGAAGGUUGUGCGGAGAUGAGCGUCAAGGAUGGAAGUUGGAAUUCUAUAUCUUGUUUUUUAAAUAGGAGUUACAUUUGUCAGACAAACAAAGCCUUGAGAUAUCCAACUCAAGCUCCAGUAGUCUCAGAUUGUCCCAGUGGUUACACCAGCUGUGCUGGCAGCUGUUACCGUGUCAUCUAUUCUGCUAUGGAAUUUGAUGUGGCCCAAGCCACCUGCCAGGUGGAUGGCGCAAACCUCGCUUCUAUAAACUCUGCAUAUGAACAAAUGUGGAUUGAAAUCAUUAGCAAAAAUGUUACUGGAGCUUUAUGGAUUGGAUUGAGGCAUCAGGAUGAUGUUCAUUUUUGGUUAGACGGCUGGCCAUACACAUACUCCAAAUGGGCAGCCAAUGAACCUAGUCUAAAUCCGGGUGAGAAUUGUACGGUGUUACUAAAUACGGAGUGGAAGGACACACAGUGUGAUCUUAAGUACCCUGCCAUUUGUAAAUACACAACAGUGGACCCCCCUACUACCCCUCGUCCGGGGAAAUGUCCCACCGACAGUUCCAAAUUUCAGAGAAACUGUUUCUUUGUGGAUCCCAAAGGAAGAAAAACACGACCCGAAGCCAAGGCCGCGUGUAUAUCUCGAAACAUGACUCUUGUGACAUUUAGAAAUAUACAGGAGGUGGAUUAUGUUCGUCAGCUUUCGAAAUUUAAAGGUGGCAAUAAGAAAACCCGCUUGUGGAUAGGAUUAUAUAAGAGCAAACCCGGAGCAGGGGACGAUCUUGACGAUUAUGGGGAAUACGAUUUCACAAUGCUAGCUAUUCUUUCUACAGCGUUUUGGUGGGACGAUGACCAUGAGAAUUUCUUUGACAACUGGAACAAUGGGGAACCAUCUGGUGCACAUGAAUCUAAAUCUGAAUUAUGUGUAGAGAUGUUAGAUACAGGAAAGUUCAACGAUAUCAACUGUGAUAAUUAUUACAGGGGGUAUGCUUGUUAUGGUCCUGAAGAGUUUGAAACAACUGUAUCCAUGGCAAAAUUCUCUACUGCCUCGACAUCUCCACUAUAUACAACUCAAUCACAACGCAGUUUGUCGGGUAAAUCGUCUUAUGACGUCACAAAGUUGACACCAGAGCCAUCUACUUUCAAGUUCUCUUCUAACACAGCCAUCACGUCUACAGAUCAGCCAGUACAAUCACCAAGUAAACAUAGUAAAACAGCCUACCUAUCAGACAGAAAAAAAAAUUAGAACGCAGUGCCUCUGAAGGACUGAAGGCAGGACAAAUUAUAGGCAUAUUGAUUGGUACAUUACUAAUCAUUGAGUUUUGAUCAUCGAUGUUCUGGUAUUAUUAAUAAGCAGACAUUAUCUGCAGACAGGAUAAUAUAGUGUUGGUGAUGAUCAUGGAUUUACAAACGCCACAGAUCUAACCACUCAGUAUCAGGUGAAGGUCAUCUGAAGGAGAAAUCUUUUACUUAUUUACUUACUUACUUACUUAACUUACCGUAAAAGGAACAAUAAUUAUUUAUCAUGUCAAGGUAUUGAUUUUAUUGAAAUUGAUCGAUGUACAUUAGGAAAUUGACAAUUUUGUAUAUAAGUACCUCUUCACAUUGCUUAAUAUUUUGUUUUUGUAAAUCAAGUUUCCUUUCCAUCCACAGAUCCAUGCAAAUAUGUUAAUUAUAUCUAUACAUAAGUACUAAUGUUUUAUUCUGAUUAAUUCUGACUAAUUAAAACUGACUACAGAUAUUAUUUUGUAAAGAUCAUGGUGCUUACAUGUAUAUAUUGUCUGUUUAACCAAAUAUUUCAUGGCAACACAUUUUUAUUAUUUUGUUUUGGUCUUAUGAAUUAUGUAUCUCUCAUCACGUGAAAGUAAAACAGGUUUAAUAGAUAAAGUGUUUUUUAUCAAUUGACACUCUGCACUAACACAAAUUUAUGAAAUAUCUAGGGUUACUUAUUCUGAACAUAAUUGCGAGUCAAUAUUAAAAUGAAUAUUAUUUUUGAAAAUCAUGAUUCUUAUAUAAUAUCCUAUUCCUGUAUACAUAUGUCAUUUUCAUUUUGCUUU